GAAUGUUACCGACUAACAAUCGAAACAACUGAGCACUCGGUAAUUGGAGACUGGGAUCAAGGAAUCUCGUCUUUUGGAGCAUUUCUUGUGCUGUUUGCCCGGUGUGGAGACCGAGGUGUGGUGGUCCGGACUGUUCACUACGUACGCUGCUCCUCUCUCCGCUUUUUCUUUUGAUUUUACGCACAGGAGACAGAGCGUGGAGCGGGUAAUAAAUAAGAAGCGAAAUGCAGGGAUUCGUCAGGUUACAUUUGUGCUGCUGAGCUACGCUGUGCUCCGCUCGUGCUGCUGUUCACGCGGGACCAUGGAGUGAGCAAACACCGGGAAUAAGACUCAUUCAGCGGAGGAAGACGACACGGAGCGGGGCUUGCACUCCUGCCCAAUGCGUUAGCGGCUCCGAAACAUCCAAAACGGGCUGUACCUUUCCAUCUGAGAGCGGACCCCAGCCGCGGGAGAGAGUUCCCAAGGCGGCUGGCUGUGGUGAGCUACCCGGGGAGAGGAACCACACAAGUCGGUCUGGAUGAGGCUUGGGAGACGCGUAAAGUAGCUGAAGCAAAUAUGGUCAAACUCUUCAUCAGAGGGAGAAAUAAGGGACAAGACUUGUAACCAAAUCGCCCACAUGCACAGGAACAAUUUGUGGUUUUGGGAAGUGAAUACUCUGAAGGGGGGAGUCGGAGGAUGGAGCGGUGUAGCCGGGGUGAGUAAGAGCCAAACUUGGGGCUACUUUAAUUUUGUUAUUCCUUUACAAGUCUCAUCUGUUCCCGGGACACAUGCAGGCCAAAAAACGCUACCUGAUCCUGCUCUCCGCCGGUGCUUCCCUUGCGCUCCUCUUCUACCUCCUUAUUGACCUGCCACCGGCGCGGAAGACCAGGCAUGAGCGCGGGGUCAGAAAGGAACAGCCGUGGCCGCACUUCUCGGACCCCUUACCGCCGCUGCUGCCCUGGGACCAGACGGACACGGAGGAGUACAACCUGCACAUAUCUCCGCGACAGAAGAAAGACGUCAAUACGAGUGUUUACAAGGGGAAACGGUGCCGCAUGGACUCCUGCUUUGACUACUCUCUGUGUCAGAAGAACGGAUUUAAAGUUUAUGUUUACCCACAGCAAAAAGGAGAGAAGAUUUCGGAGAGUUACCAGAACAUUUUAGCCACGAUAGAAGGAUCUAGGUUUUACACGUCUGACCCGGGGCAAGCGUGUUUGUUUGUUUUGAGUCUGGACACGUUGGACAGGGACCAGCUCUCCCCUCAGUACGUGCACAACCUCAAGACCAAGAUCCAGAACUUGCCUCUAUGGAACGAAGGGAGAAACCACCUUAUAUUUAACUUAUAUUCCGGCACGUGGCCAGACUACACGGAAGAUCUGGGGUUUGACAUCGGGCAAGCCAUGUUGGCCAAAGCCAGCAUCAGCUCCGACACUUUCAGGCCCAACUUCGACGUGUCCAUCCCGCUGUUCUCCAAGGAUCACCCGAGGACAGGUGGCGAGAGGGGCUUUCUCAAGUACAACACCAUCCCGCCGUUUAGAAAGUACAUGCUGGUUUUCAAAGGGAAGCGUUACCUGACCGGGAUCGGGUCGGACACCAGGAAUGCCUUAUACCACGUGCAUAACGCGGAGGACGUGGUGCUGCUCACGACGUGUAAGCACGGGAAGGACUGGCAGAAGCAUAAAGACGCGCGCUGCGAUAAGGACAACGCGGAGUAUGACAGAUUUGACUACAAAGAGAUGCUCCAUAACUCCACCUUCUGCCUGGUCCCUCGCGGCCGUCGUCUGGGAUCCUUCCGUUUUCUGGAGGCGCUACAGGCGGCGUGUGUCCCGGUGAUGCUGAGUAACGGCUGGGAGCUUCCUUUCUCCGAGAUCAUUGACUGGAAAACUGCAGCGGUCAUCGGGGACGAGAGGCUCCUACUGCAGAUCCCCACCACAGUGCGCUCCAUCCACCAGGACAAGAUUCUGUCUCUGAGGCAACAGACUCAGUUCCUGUGGGAGGCCUACUUCUCAUCUGUGGAGAAGAUUGUACUCACCACACUGGAGAUCAUCCAGGACCGUGUGUUGGAGCAGGGGUCCCGGAGCUCUCUGAUGUGGAACAGUCACCCUGGAGGUCUCUUCGCUCUGCCUCAGUACUCCUCAUAUCUGGGGGACUUCCCUUUCUACUACGCCACACUAGGUAUUAGACCGUUCGCAAAGUUCACUGCAGUGAUCCACGCCGUCUCUCCUCUGGUGUCUCAGUCCCAGCCCAUCCUCAAACUGCUGCUGUCGGUGGCCAAGUCCCAGUACUGCGAUCAGAUCAUCGUAUUGUGGAAUUGUGACAAGCCUCUGCCUGCUAAACACCGCUGGCCUGCUACGUCUGUCCCCGUCAUUGUCAUCGAGGGAGAAAAUAAGGUGAUGAGCAGCCGGUUCCUGCCGUAUGAUAUCAUUAUGACGGAUGCUGUUUUGAGUUUGGACGAAGACACAGUACUCUCCACCACCGAGGUGGACUUUGCCUUCACCGUGUGGCAGAGUUUUCCGGAGCGGAUCGUGGGCUACCCGGCUCGGAGUCACUUCUGGGACAGUAACAAAGAGCGCUGGGGCUACACGUCCAAAUGGACCAACGACUACUCCAUGGUCCUCACCGGGGCGGCCAUUUAUCACAGGUAUUACCACUUCCUGUACACACACUUCUUGCCUCUGAGCUUGAAGACCAUGGUGGACCAGCUGGCCAACUGCGAGGACAUCCUGAUGAACUUCCUGGUCUCCGCGGUAACCAAACUGCCCCCCAUCAAAGUCACGCAGAAGAAGCAGUACAAGGAGACCAUGAUGGGACAGUCUUCUCGGGCGUCGCGAUGGGCCGACCCCGACCACUUCGCCCAGAGGCAGACCUGCAUGAACAAAUUCGCCAGCUGGUUUGGCGCCAUGCCCCUCGUCCACUCCCAAAUGAGACUGGACCCUGUUCUGUUUAAGGACCAGGUCUCCAUCCUGCGCAAGAAAUACAGAGACAUCGAGCGCCUCUGACAGGACAGGCCCCCUCCCACGCCGGGGGACCCCAGAGCGGACUGAAGAGAGCCAGCCGCCGAGGGGACGAAACCAGGGGCCCGCACCCAAACACUACUGACGUGAACUCAUAGAAUAUUUUUUGUACGUGGGGAAUGACUGUCACCGGCACAACAGCGGGAUUCGGAAAGAGGGAAGAUCGAAAAUGUAUUACGCAUCAGGACUUCAGAGUUGGUUUGAUUUCUGUACAAAUCAGCUAAUCGAUUAUUACAUAACCAUAUCUCAUUCAGUUAUAUCAAUAGCACUGGUCGAGGGGUUUAAGAGGUUGUUCAUGUUGUACACUUAAUGCCAUUUUUGUCUCUUCACGGAAAUAGACAAAUCAUAUUUUCUUUUAUUGCCAAUUGCCAUAUAAGGUUAAGCCCAAAAUGAUUCAU